AUGUCCAGCAACAGUGCUCUCAACGUUUCGAACAGUGUCGAUGAAAUUUCUGAUACCGAUUCAUCAUCGGUUGCUGAUGAACAAGCUCCAAGAGAAUUAACAAAGGAAGAAGAACAAAGUGAAAUGUUUAAAGGACAAUCCGAAGAUGAUAUCGAAAUAUUAAAUGAAAACACAAAGAGCAUGUUGAUGCAAUUUAUGGGGCAAUUGAAAAUUGGUAUGGAUUUGACAAAGAUCCCCAUUCCUUGCGAUUUUCUUGAACCUCGCUCUUUGUUGGAAAAGUUGACUGAUUUCAAUACACAUGCUCAUCUUCUCACGACUGCUAUGGACCAUGAUGAUCCAAUUCAAAGAAUGGUAAAUAUUGUGAGAUGGUAUCUCUCUGGAUGGCAUGUAAAACCAAAGGGUGUCAAAAAGCCCUACAACCCAGUUCUUGGAGAAGUAUUCCGUUGCAAUUAUGAACUCAAGUCUGAUGGCCUCAUGACCUGUAUUGGUGAACAAGUAUCUCACCACCCUCCAAAGAGCGCGAUUUAUGCUGAAUGUAAGCAAAAAAAACUCGUUCUUGAAGGAUGGUAUUAUCCAAGAUCCAAGUUUUUAGGAAACUCAGCAGCAUCAAUCAGUGAAGGAAUAUUGAAAAUUAGUUUUGGAAGUCGUGACAAUGAAGUUUAUACUGCCACUUGGCCAAGCGUGUACGCAAGAGGAGUCAUCUUUGGAAAACUUAUCAUGGAAAUGGCUGGAAAGACCAAAAUUGAAUGCAAGAAAACAAAUAUGUUGGCAGAAAUUGAAUUUAAGGCCAAGCCAUUCUUUGGAGGAGAAUAUAACGUUGUUUCAGCAAAGAUAAAACACAAAAAGAAGACACUGUAUCAAAUUCGUGGAAAAUGGAAUGACAAGCUCUAUAUCAAGGGAAAGGAUUCUGACAAGGAGACUGAAUCACUCUUCUUCGAAGUUAAAGCAGCUGAGGUCGUACCAAAGCACGUUCCACCAUUGGAGGUUCAAAGAGACAAUGAAUCGAGAAAGUUGUGGCUUAAUUUGACAAAGGCUAUCAAACAAAACGAUGUGCAACUUGCUGCUAUUGAAAAAGAUAAGGUAGAAACCACACAAAGAAAUCAAAAGAAGGAACGUGAGAAGAGUGGUGAAGUCCAUAAACCAAAACUUUUCAAGCCUGGUCCAGAAGAUUUUUGGACAUUUAUUGGAUUUGACUCUGACGAAUGGAAGGAACUUCAACAAAAGAAUUUAGAGGAAGAAUUAUUGAAAAAGUAUGGUGUCAAACCACAACAAUAA